AUGACUUGGUCUGUAAGCAGUUGUUUCAUUACUCUGUUCGUUUUGUUCCUUUGGCGGGUGGAAGACAUCGCAGAAGCUUGCAAAUGCUCCCCUCCGCAUCCUCAACAGGCUUUUUGUAAUGCAGAUGUCGGUAAGGCAAUUUUGGCAACAUUUGACUUUUCAGCUUCUCUUCACAUGUGAGCUACUAUCAAUACGCAACAUGUUAACACUUCAUGUAUUAGUAGUAGUAGCAUGCUCAUUAAACCUAUUAUUUACAUAAUUUAAGUAGGCGACAGUAAAAUGGGUACAGCCAUGGCUCUCCAACCCUGUUCCUGGAGAGCCAACCUCCUGUAGGUUUUCAAUCCAACCCCAGUUGCAACUAACCUGGUUCAGUUUAUCAACCAGCUAAUUAUUAGAUUGAGGUGCGCUAGAAUAGGAUUGGAAUGUAAACCUACAGGAUGGUAGCUCUCCAGGAACAGGGUUGAGAACCCUGCUACACUAAGAUGUUAUAUUUUGCUUUAGGCAUAAACUGUCUGCAAAUAAAUUAUUUGAGAUGUAUAUGUGUGAUUACAAAAUAGUAAGGACAUCUGCUCUUUCCAUGACAUGGACUGGCCAGGUGUAAUUUAUGAUCCCUUACUGAUGUCACCUGUUAAAUCCACUUCAAUCAGUGUAGAGGAAGGGGAGGAGACCGGUUAAAGAAGGCUGUUUAAACCUUGAGACAACUGAGACGGAUUGUCUGUGUGCCAUUCAGAGGGUGAAUGGGCAAGACAAAAUAGUUAAGUGCCGUUGAAUGGGUUAUGGUAGUAUGUGCCAUCAGAGGUAUUUAUUAUAAUCCUUAAUGUCAUGUUUUUCAUAACACAUCGACUCUUCUUGAUUUACAGCAUUUCCCUCACUCCGACAACCGCAAAAGUAGCCCAAUUAGAGGGAGGGAUGGGGUUAUCAUCUUGUCUCGUGCGGUGUUCAAGUUUAUAAUGGCUGUCAGUCAAAACCCCUACCAGCACUGUGAAGUGGAAAACCUGAGCUCUUACAUUAUAACGUAAGAGCUCAUUGAAAACGCAGUGGAUGUACAGUAACAUGCUAUAUGUAUAAACGCAGUGGAUGUACAGUAACAUGCUAUAUGUAUAUCCACUGCGUUUUCAAUGUAGGCGCUUAUCAAUAACAAAAUCUGCCAUUUUCAACUCGUAUACGGGAUGACAGGGGCUGUGAGUGGAAAGGGCUACGGGUUCUUUAUUGCCUACGGCAAGUGAACUGAGCAAUUGGGCAAGUUGAGCCUGCUCUAAAGUUUACCGUGGUGGUUUAAAAAAAGCCUGAAAUAAACAAAACUAAGGAAUUCCAGUAGGCGUAGCCUAACACUGAUCUUUCUGUUUCAUACCCAUUGUUUAAGUGAAAGAUGGACAAUUUAUGGAAGCAGGGCAUGCCGCUGUGUUGUGCCAUUAGGCAGUGGAUUUUUUUUUUUACUGCGUGGCUGAGAUUCUGGAUUAAUAAAAUGCUCAGCCUACCACUGGCUUGGUUCUGACUGCGGGAGGAGCUCACAGCCUACAAUAAAAUGCGGCUGAAAUUCGUUCGAGUGUAGUUUACACAUCACCCUUGCAUUAGUCGUAUCCUUUUGCGAUAUUUGGCAAACCACUCGACCACGACCAUAUUAA